AUGAGUGUUGAUACACAGCUCCGCACGUGCCUUGACCGGGCCGACUAUGUUGCCGGGGCAUUGUUUACUUACUUUCGUCACUCCGAUCUCCGCACUACUGAGAUCACAGCUAUUCAAUCAACGAUGGCAAAUAAUCCAACUUUCAAACCUUCACCGCUAUCUUUUGGUGGGCAGAGGGCAUCGCCUUUUCGGCGACCGUCCACGCCCAACUCCCCGCCCUCAGCAAGUCGCCCGGCGACCCCAGGGAGUUCCCCCAGCCGAGGGUACACUCCGAUGGUGUCGCCGAGUAAGUUGAACCAGACAUACACUGUGGAAGAUAGGGAAUCUGUUUCCCCACGGGCGGAACCGAUCCCGCAACCAAAAUUCACUCGUGAACUUCCUCCUUCUCCCACCAAGGGAGCACAGUCACCAGGAUAUACGUCGCCAAUUGCGGAUAGAUCGAGUGGGAUUGCGCUGGCGAACACGGAUGCCUCCUCGAAAAUACCGCCAGCUCAGCUAAGGGAGAUUCGGGAGGCAUUUCAGGUUCUUGAUAGAGAUAACGAUGGACUGGUCAACAAAGAUGACGUCGCUGAUGUUUUGACAAACUUAGGUCAAGACGCAAGUCACUCCACCCUUUCGCGAUUCUUCCCGCCCGGAGCUGAACAAAAGAUCAACUUUGCGACCUUUCUGAAUACCUUGUCUCAGUUAAUGUCCCCGAUGUCUUCAUCCCAGGAACUUCUCAACGCCCUAGCAGCAUUUGACGAUGAUGACAACGGCCAGAUUGACGUCGCAGAAUUACGUGAUGCCUUGUUACAUACGGCGCCAGAAGAUGGCGGGGUCCCAUUGACAGAGCGACAGAUUGAUGAGGUCCUCAGCGGGUUUACUGGGAGGCGCGCGUUUGGAGGUCGGGGCGCAAAAUCUGGUGGAAUGGGUAAGAGAGCCGAGGUUUUCCAGUACCAUGACUUUGUUCGCAGCAUAGUUGGAGGAGACAAUGGGAACAAUGGAAGGCGGGAGACAGGCACCGCUCCAGCUUGA